CACGUUUAAAAAUACUGAAUAAUUACUUUCUAACGGUUACUGUCGCUGCCAAUUUCCAGUUAUCUUUGUUCUUAUCGCUACAAAUUUGAAAAAAGUUAAGGCGGACGAGGAUGAGUGAUACUGUGACUUACUGGAAAAUGUUACAAGAGACAAAAGCAGGGUAAGAAGAACAAGGGCGGACUAAACAUGGCGAUGGAAGGUCAACAGCUGCAGGGAUGAACAGAAAAUUAUUUGCGGGCCCCAGGUGGCAGGUGGCGGCCCGGUGGGUGGCGGUGGGCGUGGGGGCGGCGGUGCUGCUGCUCGCCCCUCACUCCAGGCUGCACGCCGUCGUAAGGGGGGUCAGGUCACGUAGGUUUCCGCGCCCCACCUCUCAUCAGCCUUUCAUCCCAGACCUGCCGAUACACAUACACGAGCGGCCGGGCAGUCCAGCAGACAUCCCGCGCCGCUUCCUGGUGGAGGAGGCCAAUGCGUGCCUGCGGGCGGGGGGCGACGUGGAGGUGGUGGCGUACGUGCACUCCGCCAUCAGCAGGGUGGAGCAGCGGCGGCAGACGAGGCUCACUUGGGCCAGCGCCGACACUCCCAAGAUGGUGGUGGUGUUCAUGGUGGGCCGCGCCAAGACCAGCGUGGAGCACAGCAUCCUCCUCAAGGAGAGUUCUCGCUAUCACGACAUUGUGCAGGGUGACUACGGCGACCACUACAACCUGCUGAGCUACAAGGCGCUCUCCUCCCUCUACUGGGUCACCCGCAACUGUGCCCACGUGCCCUGGACCCUCCACGCGGACGACGACAUCCUCGUCGACACCUUCAUGCUGCAGCGGUUUAUUCAUGGUCUGAAGGACAGCUCGGAGAGGAACGCGCUGCACUGCAGAAAAAUGGAUGAGGAAGUGCAGAGGAAAGGUAAAUGGAGAGUCUCCCGCUAUGAGCUCCCUGCCAGCCGCUAUCCACCAUAUUGCCAGGGCGCUAUGUGGCUGCUGCCCACCGCACAGAUACCGAAACUCUUGAAGGCGUCCGCUUCCAUUAACUUUCUGUGGGUGGACGAUGCAUACAUCACCGGGCUGCUGGCCGCCCACGCAAACAUCUCCAUCCACGACGUUGGGGACCAGAUAGACAACACGAUCCUCACCUCGGCGGACGUGGGCAGCAGGCUGGCGUGGGUGCACCUCAGGCUGCUGCAGCGAUCCCAGGAGUGGCCUCGUGUCCUGGCCCAUCACCACGGCCCCACCACCUCAGCACAACCCUUGGCAGGGACACCACCACUGCCACUCAUGAGAAAGUCUCUUGCAACAUUUUAAAAUCGUUUGUUUCCAGCCAAAGAUCACAUCCAGUGCACUGCACGCCAAGCAACACAGCUGGUUGAGUGUGAGCCUCGGCAGCCAGGCAGGGCCCGUAACUACUUAAACCAAACCACCUCUGCUAAUGACGUUAAAACUAUUCAUGACACGUGAACUGAUCUGUUCCUAAUAAAACCGACAAAAUAAGGAGAGCUAUCGCAGUAA